AUGGUAGUGUCAUUUUUAACAGAGUUCACCGUCACUAUACAUGUCGUUCUACAGCACCGCCACUAUGCAUGUCAUUCUAUAGCACGUUACUAUGCAUAUCAAAUAUACCGUUCAAAAAUUAAUAAAAUACAAUAUCAAUUUGGUACUCAAUUAUCUAUGGAGGCUAUGGUAACUCAAUUACAUCAUGCCAAACUCCCAAUCAUCAAAUAUUGA